UCGUGAUUAGGAUUUAACAUGGGUAGGUUUAGCUCCGUGGUGUCUAAACUACUAAGAGGACGGAUGUUAAAAUCUCUUGGUUUGAGAAAAAUAUCAACAAUUCCUGAUGUAUUGAACCCUGAAGCCUAUCAAGAUGCUGCUGCAGAGGAUGGUUUACAUCGAGCAAGCUAUGACUGGCAUAAGAAGCUCGGACCAAUAUUCAAGUUACCCAACCUAGGAGUUGUAUUUAUCUCCUGUCCCAAGAUGACCAGAGAACUGCUCUGCAGGGAGGAGAAGUAUCCCAAGACCUUUAUUCCUGAGGCCUGGACAAUCCAUGCUCGGGAGAACGGAGUCCAGAGAGGACUUAUGUUUCUAGACGGAGAAGAAUGGUGGCAGGCCCGAAAGAAGCUGAAUCCUUUACUUCUAAAGAAAUCAGCUUUAGAUAAGAUGAAUCCAACAAUAGAAAAGUACACAGAGGAACUAAUCUCUACCUGGAGGAUAAACUCAACACAAUUCCAGACUGAUAUAUACAGGUGUUUAGUACGGAUCAUGAUGGAUCUAUUUGUUGGAGAAUGUGAAGAGAAUUCAUCUCAUGAGAUAGCGGAGCAGAUAAUGAAGGACGGACAGGGAGUUUUUGAAACCACAGCAAUGCUCAUGGUGGACCCUCAAGCACAGUUUGAAAGUAAGUCCCCUGUCUGGAACAAGUUUUGUCUCCACAUGGACGGGAUCAUGAAGGUUCUGAAGGAAUCCAUCAGGAGAUGCCAACUCAACCAGGAGUCUCAAGAUAGUGGUUUAGCUACUCAACUACUCAGGUCCGGCAUGAGUGCGGAGAAAGUUGAGACGUUUAUCUGUGAUUUGUUGCUAGGAGGAGUAGAUACAACCGGUCUGAAUGUAUCCUGGAUGUUAUACAACCUAGGAGAUAAUCCUACUGUACAGGACCGAGUCCGAGCUGAGGUUGAGAAGGUUUGCGGAGCAGAGAACUCUAUUGUUGAGAGUUUAUCCGAACUCACGUUAAUGAAAGGGUUUAUGAGAGAGGUUUCCAGGAUCCAUCCAGUAGCUCCCUUUCUCACCAGAAUUCUUAGUAAAGAGAUCUGUGUUGGGAGCCAUAUUCUCCCGGUAGGUACUCCAGUAGCUAUAUCAUCCUAUCAGAUGGGACGAAACCCUCAGAUAUUCCCAGACCCGGAGAAAAUCAUACCAGAGAGAUGGAGUAGAAUCAGUCAUAUUGAUCCUGAAUUUAAGAGUCAAAUGUCAAUAUCCGUCCUCCCGUUUGGACACGGAGUAAGGAUGUGUCUGGGACGAAGAUUAGGAGAGAACACGAUGCUUCUCCUAACCUCUAGAAUACUCCAGGAGUUCCAGAUCUCUACUCUAGAGAAGUCGGAGUAUGUGACAAGGUUGGUCGGAGUACCCAGAGAUAGCUUUAAACUACACUUUCAAGAUUUAUGUAGAUCCCAGGUUUCAGCUUCCAGGUCUCGGAGUGCAGUUUCAAUACCAGAGAAGGAGAAUAGGUGUCCUUAUCUAAACCAUGAGGAAGAGGAGAGGGUUGUUCAACCUUACUCUAACUAACAAUUGAGUAUAGGAUGAGGGGGGGGAGAAUUACAGUUAUAGCCAACAGACAGCUUGACAAGUAUUUUGGUUAGUCCUGUAAAAAUUCAACGUUGUUUCACUGUAAACAAGUUUUUUGAAGCUGAUAAGACUCAAUGAUGAGAAAUCAAGCUGUUCUCCCAAAUUGUUAUAAAAAUCCUGGAUGCAGAUCAGAGUGUUCGAUAGGUCGAACAUUCUGUUCUGAGAUCAGCUUAUUAAUGGUUAUCAUGCAUUUUUGUAUAAACAUACAUAUCUUGUAAUGUACUCGGGGAUACACAGUACACAACACCACUGAUAUAUUGUAAUGUACUCGGGGAUACACGGUACACAACACCACUGAUAUAUUGUAAUGUACUCGGGGAUACACGGUACACAACACCACUGAUAAAUUUGUGGUAAAUUUUACUAAAAUUAUGCAAAAAAAAUGUCUGAACACCAAAAAUCGUUUUGUUUGAUAUCUUUGGUAGGGCAAAAAAUUAGCAUCCCUGGCUUUAAAGUAGUUUGUUUGCUUAGAUGGCAUAACAUAACUCAUGAACCCUGGACCGAUUUGCCUCAAAUUUUGAUUGGGAACUUGGAAGAACCACACAAAUGUUCUAAGCCUGGUUUUGAAAUUCUAAAUUGAGUGGGUUGACUUGUAUAAAGAAAAAUCCAGGCUAAUUAGGCUCCCAAGGUAGUAAAGUAAUAAAAUCAAACUUAUCAUGUAAACAAUUUUAUAUUGGUGAAACAUCUCAGAUUUUAGCGGAGCCAUUGAAAAGUUAAAAACAAAAGAUUUCCUUCCUUGUAUAAGAAUGCUGACCACCGCACUUCAUGUAUAGUAUAUACAUGUAUAUACAUAGUAUAUACAUACACUUGCAUAUAAACAUACGCUGAACCUUCUUUAUAGAGAAAUAAAUCAUCCCACAAGGAAGCUAAAGGGAGUGUUGGCGAAAAAUUAUCGAUGGUGAUUGCUUCUGAUCUUACUUCUAUCUGUUGCAUCUAUAAGGAAAAAAUUGUUAAAC